CCUAGACCAGGUUUCUCAAAGCCCCAUCCAACCUGGCCUUGAACACUUCCAGGGAUGGGGCAUCCACAGCUUCUCUGGGCAACCUGUUCCAGUGCCUCACCACCCUCACAAUAAAAAAUUUCUUCCUAAUAUCUGAUCUCAAUCUACCUUCCUUCAGCUUAAGGCCAUUCCCCCUUGUCCUAUCACUCCGUGCCCUUGCAAACAGCCCCUCUCCAGCUUUCCUGUAGGCCCCUUUAGGUACUGGAAGGCUGCUCUAAGGUGUCCCCGGAGCCUUCCCUUCUCCAGGCUGAACAAUGCCAACUCUCUCAGCCUGUCCUCGCAGGAGAGGUGCUCCAGCCCUCCGAUCAGCUUCGUGGCCCUCCGUUCGUCUUCGUUUCCCCACCACACGAUGCUCGUUACGAGUCCAGGCAGCCAAUGGUGGCGACCAGGGGCGAGCCGGGCCGCGCUGCCCGCCCUUCGGCCGGAGCGUGGUUCCGCGGGGCGGCGGGGCUGUGACCGCAGCCAGGCCGGGCCCCCGGCCGGGCCCCCACCCGCGGCGCCACCGGCGGACGGGCUGUGCUGACGGCCUCCCGCGCUGCAGCCCCACCACCCCACACAAACCCGAACCCUCCGCGCUGCCUAACGCCCCGCGCGCGCCACCGGUCGCCGCUCUGGGCGGGCCUCUCCUCGGCGAUCGGCCAAUAGCAACGCGCCUUCCUCCGACCGGCGGUCCCAUUGGCCGGGACCACGGCUUCCGCCGAGGGCCGGGAUUGGUCGCGGAGGGGCGGUCAGCAAAAGGCGGCAGCAGGCAAAACCCCGGCGCGUCGCGGCAGCCCGCGCCCCGCGUUUGUUUUGUGAUGGAGACAGUGUUGAAGUCUCACAGUGAUGAACAGCACCCUCCUCAGGCUGAAGACUUCCAUGGGAAGCAUGAGCAGAACAGUAAGCUUUCAGCAGGAAUAAAAAGAGAUAUUGAAAAACUUUAUGAAGCAGUGCCACAGCUUGUAAAUGUGUUCAAAAUUAAGGAAAAAAUUGGAGAAGGUACUUUUAGUUCUGUUUACUUGGCCACAGCACAACUACAAACAGGAUGUGAGGAAAAAAUGGCUCUGAAACACUUGAUUCCAACCAGCCACCCUCUGCGAAUUGCUGCUGAACUUCAGUGCCUCACAGUAGCAGGGGGACAAGAUAACGUUAUGGGAGUUAAAUAUUGCUUUAGGAAAAAUGAUCAUGUGGUUAUUGUUAUGCCAUAUCUGGAACAUGAAUCCUUCUUGGACAUUUUGAAUUCUCUUUCCUUUGAAGAAGUGAGGGAAUACAUGUUUAAUCUGUUUAAAGCAUUGAGGCGCAUUCAUCACUUCGGUAUUGUUCACCGUGACGUCAAGCCUAGUAACUUCCUCUACAACAGGCGGCUAAAAGAGUAUGCCUUGGUAGAUUUUGGCUUGGCACAAGGAACCCCUGAUACAAAAAUUGAACUUCUCAAAACUGCUCACUCUGAAGACCAGCAGGGAAGUUGCUUGCAAGAUAAUCCCACCGUAGCCUUGGGAAAUGGGGUUUCUGUCAGUGUCACAGCACCUAAACAGAUAGCUCAACAGUCAGCUUCAAAAGCAGCUGAUAAAAGGUCCGGCACACUUUCAAAAAUACAGAUUAAACAAGGAAGAGGAGGAAAGGAGGAUUCUGUGCACCAUUCUGUCCAACGCUCUGUCUUUGGAGAGAGGCAUUUCAAUGUCUGUAGUUCCAGAUACCAGGAGAUCUCAAGUACAAAACUCAUAAAACAAUCAAAGAUGAUAGAUGUUUCAUCUAGGAAGUUAGUAACAAAGAAGAAGAUUAUUUCUGCCAAAACAGUGAGCAAUGGGACAGCCAGGAAAGCUGCUAGUGGUUGUCCCUCAAACCUGACCUGUGACUGCUAUGCAACGGAUCGAGUUUGCAGUGUUUGUCUUUCAAGGUGUCAGCAAGUUGCUCCCAGGGCAGGAACACCUGGAUUCAGAGCACCAGAAGUACUAACAAAGUGCCCCACUCAGACCACAGCAAUUGACAUGUGGUCUGCAGGAAUUGUAUUCCUUUCUCUGCUCAGUGGACGGUAUCCAUUUUACAAAGCAAGUGAUGAUUUAACUGCUUUGGCACAAAUCAUGACAGUUCGUGGAUCCAGAGAAACCAUUCAGGCUGCUAAAACUUUUGGUAAAUCAGUUCUGUGUACCCAAGUUGUCCCAGCACAAAACUUAAGAACCCUCUGUGAGAAGUUGAGAGGAACAAAUAGCAGCUGUAAGAGAUCUCAGGGUGAAGUGCCCAGCAAGCCUGUAAAUGACUCAGCUUUGCCAGUUGCAGUAGACAAACCAUGUGCUCCCGAGACACUCAGAAAACAAACUCUGUGCUUAAACAGUUUUCAGGAGGGUGAUGGUGCUUUGGAAAUGAAGGCAACAGACAUGAAAGGAUGGGAUCAGGUUCCUGAUGAAGCAUACGACCUACUUGAUAAGUUACUAGACUUAAACCCUGCAACAAGAAUAACUGCAAAAGAGGCUUUGAUUCAUCCUUUUUUUAAAGACAUGAGACUCUAAGAAGAUAUCAUAUUCUAUUAUUGCUUUCAUGUGUUUUAUGUGGAAGUGAGAUACUGAGGUAGUUUUACCUUGUUGCCCUCAACAUUUACAUUUACUGAAACACUAUCACACUGUGCACAGAACUACUGAAAUUGUCUUGUACAGUUGGACUGCAAAUAUAAGUUUACUUUAAGGAAUACUUGCAGAUGUAAAAAAUACAUAAACAUCACUAACAUGGUCUUAUCCUAAGACACUUCUGAGGGGUUAUUGCUGAGCAUACCUGUUCUCUGAGAAAGUUAACUUUGAUCAAAAGCUAGAAAGAAAGAGAGUUUCACAAGCUCUAUGCUUAAUUCUCGAGAUAUUCCCUUAACAUUUACAAAUUUGCCUUAAGGUAUGACUGAAAUAAGGAAGUGCUGGAGAGACUUUUUUCCAUACUUGCAUAUCUCUGCUUUGUUCCUGAUUAGUACAUGAGGGACUGAAAAUAGAACAAAGUGGGUUAAUUUUGUUCAGACUUUUUUCAGAGAGCAGUAUUACUUUGGGAGGGUUGCUAGAGGAGGGGCCAGGUGCUGGAGGUUAUAUCAUCAAAAGAAAAGCAUAACUGUUUUAAAAGUACAUUUUUGUUCCUGUCUGGUCUUUCCUACUUAGGCAACAGUAAUAAAUGCAGUUACUUAUUUUGCAUAGCUCAUGUUUUCUCAGUGCCAUGGGUAACUGUCAAUAUUCAACAAUUACUGCCUUCAGAAC